AUGGCCGAUGUCAAGCCUCCCAGCGGCAAGCUGCCGUAUGGCACCCCGGAGGGCGGAUGGAAAGCGGUGCACACAUGGAGAACCCCGGAUUGGGUAGAACCGAUUCUCAUUGUUUCCAUCAUGCUGAUCGGCUUGUACGUCAGCCGCCGGAAGAACUACUCGAUUCUUCGCCGCGGCAAUGCGACAUACGAACCUCUCUUCGAAGAACGAGGCGACUCUCCUCGCAUCUCGGACGACUCGUACGAACCCAUCCGCACCGAUGCCUACCCGCCCAAAUACCGCACAAUCUUUGGCUGCUUCCGCGUCAAGACUCCCAACUCGAGCCGCUUCGCGAGACACGUCCAUUCGAGGAUCCUGCAAAAGUUCCCCUUCCUCAUCGAAAUGUUCUACUGGGCCAUCUCCUUCUUCUUCUACCGUAUGACCGCUACCCUGGCCCAGAGCUACUACGGCAGCCGUAAGGCCGUCUGGGACGUUGCACAGGAGCAUGGCCUGUUUCUGCUCGAGACCGAGGCCAAGUUUUUCGGCGAGGGCACCAGAACCGGCCCCGAGCGCUGGGUUGAAUGGCGCGUGUCGCACUGGUUCCUCGAGGGUGCUCAAGUCGACGACUUCCGUGGCAUCUGGCUGACCAUCCUGAACCGCGGCUACUCGUUGAUUCACAUCCCCGGCACCGUCGGCUUCAUCGCCUACUAUUACGCCAUGGCGCCCACUCAUGCUCGUUUCUGUACCGUUCGCCGCACCAUGACCUUGCUGAAUAUGUGUGCCUUUAUCAUCUUCAUUUUCUACCCCUGCGCACCGCCACGGUUGAUGCCUUCCGAGUACGGCUUCGUCGACACGGUCAAUCUCGAGAAUGCCGAGAGCGUCUGGAUGAGUGGAAAGUUCGUGAACAAGCUGGCUGCCAUGCCGAGUAUGCACUUUGGCUACGCAUUCGCCAUCGGCUGCGUCUUCGUUGCCGACUCGGCCAUUCUUAACUUACUCUUUGGGCGCCUGCGCAACUACCUGCUCAAGGAUGACUUGGACAAGUCGCUGGAUAUUGAUGACGUCGAGUUGAAGGAGAUCCAGGAGAACCGCAAGCGUUGGAAGAGCUGGGCCAUGUUCGCUUUCGGCAUCUUCUACCCGAGUUGGAUUCUGCUGACCAUCGUCGGAACGGCCAACCACUACCUUAUGGACGCUUUUGUUGCUACCUUCUGCGCAUUGAUGGCCUACCUCUGCAACCGCGCCCUGCUGGUAUUCCUGCCCGCGGAGGACAUGCUGCUUUGGGCCUGGAGGCUCGAGAAGCCAGUGCCAACCACCGGUCGCAUGAAGAACAUUGCGGUGCGGUGA